AAUUGAAAGUUGGUAAAGCUUGGGAGUCAAGUGUCUAAGUACUAAUCUUACUUACAAGCCUUAAACCCCCAAACCUCUUUUAGCAGCAAAAAUCACUCGAAAACCUAAGCACCCGUCAUCUCCAGCCGUGGCCAUGGUCAAGUACAAGAAAGAAUCGGUCACCAAAGUAGAAGCAGCACCUGCCUCAACGAAGAAGCCAUCCAAGAAAAGUAAGAGAGAUGCGGAAGUUGAUCUGGACAUCCAAAAUAAUCCCAAGAAGCAGAAGAAAGAGUUGAUUCAAGCUGAGAAAAAGGCACCACCACCAAAGAAGGUAGAGACCAGCAAUAGUUCUGAUUCUAAGAAAGAACUCAAGAAGGAUACUGAUGUUGAAAUGGCAGAGGCAAAGCAGAAAUCAAAUGCAAAACAAACGCAAACCAAUGAGACACCAAGCACUCAGGCUCGAGGAGGAUCAAAUCAACUAUUUGCUGGAAAUCUUUCAUCUAAAACUAAGAAAUCUGACUUAGAGAAAUUCUUCAAAGGAGUUGGUGGUGAAAUCAAAGUUGUUAGACUUGCUAGGGGAUACGCGCAUGUUGAGUUUGCUUCCGUAGAAGCAGUUCAGAAGGCACUGAAACUGAAUGGUAAACCAUUACUAGGCCGCAAGAUUAAGCUUGAUGAUUUUAACAAGAAUCCUGCUCCACGAAGCAGCAAUGCUGAUGGUAACUUCCAGAGAGGAGAAGGAAGCCAAGUUAAAACGAUUUUGGUUAAAAAAAACGGCAAGUAUGUGGGUGAAGAUGAAAUGAAAACUGCCUUGAGAGAUCAUUUUAGUGCUUGUGGAGAGAUCACAAGGUUUGCUAUUCCUUGUGAUCAAGAUACUGGCGCCACCAAGGGAAUGGCUUUCCUAGGUUUUAUCAACGAGGAUGGAUUCAACAAGGCGUUGGAACUAAACGGAAGUGAACUGGGAGGACGGAACAUAGUGGUGACUGAAGCUAGCACAAGAGUACAGAACGGAGAUCGAAAGAGUGGGCGUAGACAAGGACGUAGACGCGGACGUCCACUCAGACAACGUAGACGUGACAGCUUCAAAAAAGGACCUGGAAAAGGCAAUGGUGAGACCGUAGAACACCCAGCAAAGCAAGUGUAUCGCCCAUCGCCAGCCAUGGUCAAGUCUAAGAGAGAAUCCAUUACCAAAGCUGAAGCAGCACUUGACUCAAAGACGAAGCCGUCGAAGAAAAGUAAGAGAGAUGUUGAAGUUGAUUUGGACAUCCCAAAGGAUGCCAAGAAGCAGAAGAAAGAGUUGAUUCAAGCUGUGGAAAAGGCACCACCAAAGAAGAACAACAAGAAGAAGAAAAAGAAGAAGAAGAAUGCUAAUGUUGAAAUGGCGGAGGCAGAGCAGAAACCAAUUGCAAAACAACCCAAGACGUUAUUUGCUGGACGCCUUCCCUUUCACAUUGAAAAAUCUGACUUAGAGAGUUUCUUCAAAGAAGUUGGUGAAAUCAAAGAUGUUAGACUUGCUAAGGGAAUCGCACAUGUAGAGUUUGCUUCUGAAGAAGCAGCUCAGAAGGCAAUGAAACUGAAUGGUAAACCAUUACUAGGCCGCAAUAUUCUGCUUGAUUUUGCUAACGCGAAGCCUGCUCCACGUCCACGAAACCUAGUCAAAACGAUUUUUGUUACAGGAUUCAAUAAGUCUCUGAGUGAAGAUGAAAUGAAAACUGCCUUGAGAGCUCAUUUUAGUGAUUGUGGAGAGAUCAAAAGGAUUUCUCUUCCUUAUUACCAAGAGACUGGUGAUAGCAAGGGUGUGGCUUACCUAGAUUUUAGUGAGGAUGGAUUCAACAAGGCAAUGGAACUAAACGGAAGUGAACUAGGAGGACGGAACAUAGUGGUGAUUGAAGCUAGACCAAAAGAAAAGAAUGCUGAUCGAAAUAGUGGUGAUGACAGCUCCAAGAGAGGACCUGGACGUGGAACGGGUGACAGCUUCAAAAGAGGACCUGGACGAGGUAAUGGUGAGACCGUAGAACACCCAGCAAAGCAAAUGUAA